AUGCUACUCUCAGCUGUUCUCCUGUCUGCACUUAUUUAUGCAGCACUUGUUGAUGGAAGAAUAGUAAGGCAACGACGAUGUAUUGGCACCGGCUGUACAACCACAACUACAAGUAGGGUAACGAAGGUGAUUACUGAGACUACCUACGUGGACCCACCCACGACUUAUGUGCAACCGACGACCUAUAUGCGACCACCACCGCCGCCACCACCACCGCCACCUUGUAUUCAACCCGGCGGUCGCUGUAAUUUCAAUAUGCAAAGAGAGAAAACUGUUCUCAGACGAUUUCACGUGACUUCUUCAAGUCUGGACUCGUUUCUGACUCAGUUAUGCUUUCUGCGAAAGUUUAAGGAGAAGAUCAAGACGAAACACGUUGUGAACAACAACAUCAUGGAAGCUGGCGCCGAAUCGGACUUGUCAGGAUCAAGUGUCGAUGUGCUGAAUACUUCACUUACGUCAACGCCAAUGAAUGCUGCACUUACAUCUACUCCACUGGCACCAAAAAACGUGCCUGCUGACAUCUCACCAAUACUCCCAUCAACAAUGCAGUCGGAAAGCGAACCUGUUGAAAUCUCGCCAAUAUUACCGUCGCCGAUGCUACCAGAAAGGGAACCAUUAUCUCUGUCACCCUCGAUCAAUUCACCAAAUGAUCCCAAUGAUUCACUAGAUGGUCGAGAUGGAAGAAUGCUUAUUGGCGGAUUACCGAUUCCGCAUUUGCGCUUACCACUCCUUGAUCUCUCUCCAAUUUACGACAGCGUUUUUCUGAGCAAAACAUCGUCUGACAAAUCAGCGUCUAUGAGAGAAGGACUCCCUCCAUCUCCCAGGGAUACCCCAAGAACACCUGGAUCCCGAAGUUUUUCACCGCGAAACCGCUCAAUCUUCUCUCCGGAGUCCUCACCAAGAUCGUUGCGUUCUCCUGGCACUGAUGGCAGUGGUGUACUACUUCAAUUCUCCCCGCAGAAAUUGUCCGAUGUCAGCGACUCAUCACAAAAUCAAAAACUCAGUAGACAAUCUAACGAUCUCCUCAUCACUGAGCCUAGCAAGGAUAUUUCGCCAAAGACAAAUGGGCACACUCAGCUAAACAAAACCUUCAAUGUUAGCAGGCACGAUUUGGACUCGUCAUCUGGCACAUCUGAUGGCUCACUAAACGCCACGCAUGGCACGAAAAAUCUUGAAGAGAGUGUUUCCAUCAUCAAUGACAAGAGUUUUGACAAUCGUAGUGGUUUUAAUAAAACUUAUGCUUUGCGUGGACGAGCAAUCAAUGUUCCCAAGUUCCACUAUCCUCAAGGGAAGCCCGUCUCGACUGUGGAAAACGAUUCAGCUUUACGUCGUGUAUGCAAGGUUUUCCGCGAAUUACCGGGUGAACAGUGUUCGUUAGCUGAUAUGCCACGAGUAUGUGAAGCUGCCAAUUUGCCACUCUAUUGGAAACAUCCGAUCUUCAUGUCGCUGACCAAGGGAGAAGUCCGUAGCGCGACUUUGAUGGACUUCACUGCAUGGUGGCGUGCUAUGACAAGCAUCGCUCAUGAUGAAGCUGCGAGGUUUGUUUACACGCUUAGCGGUGGAAGCAGAAGUUACAUUACAAGAGAAGAUUUGUACGGCAUGGUUAUGGACAUCAUGCAUACACAUCCAGGGCUGGAGUUCUGUCGAGAAGCGGUCGAUUUCCACGACAAAUACUGUGAUGUGGUGAUAGCAAGAAUUGCUUGGAAUCUUGGUUGCGUCUGGCAGGGGAGAAUCACGGCUGAUUGCCUUCGUAAGUCGGAUUUUCUUCGAGCGGUACGGCAAUUACAAGAGGAUAGCGAUAUCAAUCGUUGUGUUCGCUACUUUAGCUAUGAACAUUUUUACGUUAUUUACUGCAAAUUUUGGGAGAUUGACAAUAAUCAUGACCAAAUAGUCAGCAAGACUGAUAUGAAACUUCAUAAAGACGGCGCUAUAACUGAUCUCGUACUUGAUCGCAUCUUCUUCUCCUGUGCAGUAAGACUUACAAAGAAGGAUACCAUGAAUCUGAUUGGCUUUACUAAUUUUCUUCUUGCUGAAGAGGAUAAGAAUCACCCUACUAGCGUAGAGUAUUGGUUCCGAGUUUUGGAUGAGGAUGGAGAUGGUUACAUAUCAAUGUACGAAAUGGAGAAGUUUCAUCAAGCAGUUAUUGAUAAAUUAACCGAAGAAAGAAUUGACACAAUGUCUUUCAAGGAUGUUGCCUGCCAGAUGUUUGAUAUGAUCUGCCCAAAAAAUGGCACAGCUUUCCGCCUGAUGGAUCUGAAAAAAUCGCCGUUGAGUAUACGUUUACUAAAUGCAUUGAUAAAUUGGCGAAAGUUCUAUGCUCAGGAAGUUACUGAAGGUACGGAAAGAGUUCUCGAUGAAAAUGGACGAGAAUUAUCGGAUUGGGAACGCUUCUGUUCCGAAGAAUAUGAAACGAUGAUGGAGAACGAGGAAGAAGUUGAUGAAAACUUUUUUGUUUGCCUCGAUGACGACAACGGCUCAAAUCAAACAUUCUGAUCUCUGAUGCUGCUGAUCAGCAGCAUCUGAUCUACAGCAGCGUGCACACAGGAUGCGCCAAAAGUGCCGUUCAUUCUCCUCUCAUGAAUCCUCGUCUAAAUGAGUUUGAUUCAUUGUUUAUUCUAAUGCAAACACACAUGCGUGAGCAUAUCACUCUUACGGUUAUUUUGAAUCAGGUACUUUGAUAGUCUGUGUCAUCUCAUUUCCAUUUGCUUUGAUUUUUUCUUUUUCUCCUUUACAUUUUCCCUUUAUUUCCCUAUUCUACUUGUUUGCAUGGUAUAUUCUUCUCUGUCGGAUAACCUACUUAAUUUCUUAUUUUAACUCAUUCUUAACCGUUUUAUCGUUAGACGCAGCUCAGUUCGCAUUGUUUAGAAAUUUACUGUUGUACUAUUGAGUUUUAAUGAAUUUAUCCAAUCCUUCAAAUCAACGUGUGUAUGUGCUCAAUUGUUCCUUAGCAUUGCGUGAGUUGCUAUAGCAAGUUUUAUUUUCAUUUUUCUUGUUUUAUCUAUCAAAUGUGUGUACAAGAGAAUUUUAUGAUUUAGAUAUUGAAGUAAAUGCCUGUAAAUUAGUGUUUACAUAAAUCAGUAUGAUAUCAAUAUCUUAAACAAACGAUGUUUUUUGCGCUAGUAUAAUGUAGUGUCUCCAAACUUGAUCUGAAUCACGACUUAG